AUGACAUCGCUUCCUAGAUUGGACGCUAUUUCGCCCUAUAUUCUGCGUAAUGGAUGGUCAAAUCCAGCAAUUCUCGAAAAAGUGAAGGAAUCCUGCUGCGUGUACGUUGGCAAUCUUUCGUUCUACACAACCGAAGAUCAAAUCUACGCUCUGUUCUCAAAAUGCGGUGAAAUUAAACGUAUUAUUAUGGGAAUUGAUCGUUUUACGAAGACACCUUGUGGAUUUUGUUUUGUUGAGUACUAUACACACGAGGAUGCUCUCGACAGCCUCAAGUACGUUUCUGGAACGGCUCUGGAUGAGCGUAUUAUCCGUGCUGAUUUGGACCCUGGUUACGAAGAAGGCCGCCAAUAUGGUCGUGGUGCCUCUGGCGGACAAGUUCGUGAUGAAAUUCGUGAAGAGUUUGAUCCCGGUCGUGGUGGUUAUGGACGAGCACAUGGAGGCAAGCGCGAUGCGGAGCGUUCUCUUGCAAACUAUACCGGUGUUCAACAGGCUCCUUCUGGCUCUUCUCUGAGCGUUCAAAGCAAUCCUCGUUAUCGACAAGAGUAG